AUGCAGGACUCCAACAUUUGUGCUGUGUUUGCUGUACAAGGAGGAAAAGUGGGAAGAAAGCAUGGCAUAAAAAGGGGGAGGAGACCCAGCAUAAGAAGCCCAGUUCAGCAGGCCAGAGGACCCUGGAUCCAUGAGAGUAAGCAUCUGGCCUUCGCAAAGUAACAGAUAAACUUGGAGAUGCCCAACUCCAGAGCGACAACAGAGUGAGCCUGGGUCUGCAGCUCCACCUCAAGAAAAAAGAAGUGGGCAAGGUCCCUGACUCUUUCCACUGCUCCACUGAGCCCCCCACCAUCCUUGGUGCACUGUGAAGAUUGUUCUUGCCUGCCUGGCUGCCAUUCGGGUGACCUCUACAAUCUGGCCCCAGCAGAAAGAACUUGCUAGCAGCAUAUCAAUAGCAGAGAUGGAAGUCUGGUCAUAUGGUGCCCACAUCUAUCGAAGUAAACAUGCUGAUACCAGAUAUCCCUGGCUCUCUGUCUUCAAGGCACAUGGUAGAACUAUACUUCCUAGGUUUCUGUGUGGCUGGGUGGGUCACAUGACAAGUUCAGACAGAUGAAUUAUGAUUAGAAGCAUUUAAUUGUUAAUACAUAUUCUAGUGCUCUUUCCCUCUGCCAUCACAACUGACAAUGUUUCAGACAGUGACUUCUCCAACAGGCUGGUUCCAGAGUGAAAAUAGAGCCCAGUAGAGUCCGUAGCUGAUACAAUAUGGACAUGUAGGGUGAGUGAGAAAAUGCUUUUGUUGGGUUAAGCAUCUGAGGUUUGAUGGUUUGUUGCUACUGCAGCACAACCUUACCCAUCCUAACAAAUAUGAUUAUUAUUGACUAACCUGACAACAGAAGAGUCUUUCCACUUCUGCUGUGAUGAGGAACAGAGUUUUUUCCCUGUUAUAUCUUAAUAUUAGAUAGCAGCAGCCUCUGGAAAUAGUUCUUUCUCUACCACUUCUUACCCAUGUGGCAUAAAGCCAGCUACUAAACCUCUUCACUUUUCAGCUUUCCCUUUUAAAAGUGGGAGUAAAUAAGACCUUUCUCAUGGAGUUAUUGAUCAAAUGAAAUAAUUAAAUAACGAGUAUUUAAAUUUUAAAUUUAAAUGAAUAUUCAAAUGACAUAAUGCCUAUGAAGUACUUAUUUAGUCCAUAAUAUCCUCAGUAAACGGUAGUUAGCCUUACUAACACAAAGGAAAUGGACAAAGCCAUGCCAUUUUCCAAAGUAGUUUCUAGGACCAUAUUAUCUCUAAAAAUCCCAACUUUCUGCUGUAAAUUUGAACUAAUCCAGAACAGGCUAAUCCAUUGCAAUGGCCUAUUCAUCCUUCUUCUUAGAGUUUAGCUAUCAGUCAUCUUGUUGCUGAGAACAAAGCCAGCCUAGUUGUUUGUAAGCAAGCCUCUAGAGAGACAGAAACUGUCUUGUAUUUCUUUGAAUAUCCUCUACUGCCUCUUAACACUGUGCCUCGGCUAUAUUUCUGGAUCUUUAUUUAAUUGUUUUGAAUGCUUCUUAUGUUUAAUUUCUGCCAUAUCCAUUAGGAAAACAAUGUAAUCCUUCCUCCAACACCUAUGGUAUAAGCCUCCAUGACCAGGCAACAUUUGCCCCCAAGUUUAGAGAAUUUAGUUCUGUAAGGCUGGUUGACCCAUCUGACAGGAAUUCCUGCACCAAGUGGUCAGUCAGUGAAGAUCUCUUUCCACUGGUAACUUUAUCAAGAAAGUAAGAUACAAGACUGUAUGUAAAGUAUAUUAUCCUAUGUGAAAUCAAGGGACAGAAAAUAACUGGAAGGAAAUAUUCCAAAAUGUUAGCAGUAGUUUCUCCCGGAGAAUGUGAUGUAUACAUUUGGAUGGGUGAUAUAUAAAGUACUUUUCAUAGAUCUGGGCAAGAGAUAUUUUAGAGGGCUCCGCAUACCACAAUCACCCACAAAUAAAUGUAUUAAAGAGCACACAGAUGCCUUUAUCACUCAGGAUGUGGCACUCAGAGCUGGCCCAGCAUAGUCUAUAACACUUAACAUCACUCUCAUGACCACACUGCUCAGGUCCUAGGGAAGUGUGCCUCUGUAUCUCUUCCCUGUAUCCUUAAAAGAAAAGGUGACCUAAUUUGAAAGUUGAUAAAAAUCAGGGAUUAUGAUGAUGUUGCUUCAGAAUUCUUGGAGGAAGUAAGAGAAAAAUAGUGCUGGGUUAUGAGAAGAACAAAACUUACCAAAUUCCUCCCUGAAGAUAACAUAAAUGCAAUAGAUUCUUUUACAACAAAGUGUCAUGUCUCAAUAAUGCCAAGAAUCCUUUUUCGUGCUUCUCUUCUUGUUCACAUUCCUGGUUCCCAUGCUACUCAAUUAACAUAAUAUUCAGAAAAGUUGCAGAUGGUGAUUUAGGAACAUUUUGUAAUAUUAACAUUUCAUAUUACCCUUAAAUUUGCAUGCAUGCAUCAUAUGUGUAUCGUGGUACCAAUUCUUUAUAUUGGUAACUAGGUGGAUAUAGAACAUUUACAAUGUGAAUAGUGUUAUCUCUAUAAAAACAAGAUUUAAUUAAAAUGUUCAUAUAUGAAAUGAAAUUUUGGCAUAUAUUAAUUAUAACUUGGAUUUUACCUUUUAAAGUUAAUAGAUCAUUUUGAAUAUUUUAAAAGACUUUAAUAAACAUAUAAAAU